GGCGCCCCGAGCCUCCCGAGCCGGGGCGCACAGCCGGGGGCGCCCCCCCCCCCCCCCGCCGCGACUGACAUGAUGUUUCCACAAAGCAGGCAUUCGGGCUCGUCUCACCUACCCCAGCAACUCAAAUUCACCACCUCAGACUCCUGCGACCGCAUAAAAGACGAGUUUCAGCUGCUGCAGGCUCAGUACCACAGCCUGAAGCUGGAAUGUGACAAGCUGGCCAGCGAGAAGUCAGAGAUGCAGCGUCAUUAUGUGAUGUACUACGAGAUGUCCUAUGGCUUGAACAUUGAGAUGCACAAGCAGGCUGAAAUCGUCAAGAGGCUGAAUGGGAUUUGUGCCCAGGUCCUACCCUACCUUUCCCAAGAGCACCAGCAGCAGGUCUUGGGAGCCAUCGAGAGGGCUAAGCAGGUCACCGCUCCUGAGCUGAACUCCAUCAUCCGGCAGCUCCAAGCCCAUCAGCUGUCCCAGCUGCAGGCUCUGGCCCUGCCCCUGACCCCGUUGCCUGUGGGGCUGCAGCCGCCUGCGCUGCCCGCGGUCAGCGCCGGCACCGGCCUUCUCUCGCUGUCUGCGCUGGGCUCCCAGGCCCACCUCUCCAAGGAAGACAAGAAUGGGCACGACGGUGACCCCCACCAGGAGGAUGACGGCGAGAAGUCGGAUUAGCGGGCGGCCGGGAUGGGGAGGGUGGGG